CAGAACAACGGGCCCUAAUGUACCAGCGCUGGCAGUUAGCAGAGUGUUUCCUUCUCCCUCAGAGUGUAUUGUACAUUGACAAAGGCGAUUCACUGGGCACCGUUGGAUAUUGUACUCGACUUGACAGUGUGUCUGUGUAUGAGGGGAGGAGGAGAGAAAGAUACACACACAGGCAGGGAAAAAGAACCAAAACAAUAAUGUGAGAGAGGGAGAGAGAAAGAAAAAAAAUUGCAUUUACGAGUGGGGGAAGGAGGGCGAUUCUGAGGGAAAGAAAGAGACUGGGGAGGGAGGGAGCUUGGGAAAGUGUGUGUCUCCGAGGGGGAGGCGGGUAUUAUAAGUAAAGGAUGGACCUUCACAUUUUGGAGCACCGGCUCAGGGUGACCAGCCUGAGCAAAGCCGGCCUGGAGCGGUACACCCACGGACUCAUCAAACUCGUCUUCUUGCGGGACAAGACCAGGUGUAAGUUUUUCAGCCUGACCGAAAUGCCCGAUGACUACACGUUAGUGUUAGAUGAGGAGGGAUUUAAAGAAUUGCCUCAGACAGACUAUCUACAAGUGGCAGAAGCAACAUGGUUGGCCCUGAAUGUUGUGUCCAAUGGCCAUUCAUCAACCAGUUCUCAGACAAUUGGAGUGACAAAGAUAGCAAAAUCAGUGAUCGCUCCCCUAGCCCAACAUAAUGUUUCUGUAUUCCUAUUGUCAACCUACCAGACUGACUUCAUACUGGUACGGGAAAGUGAUUUACCAGCGGUUGUUCACACCCUUUCUGAAGAAUUCAGUAUCUUCAAAGAGGAGAAUGGUGAAUCAGUGCCAGUGGAUUGUAACAAUGUCACAAAUGGCUUUGUAAAACCCAAAACUGCUGCCAGCCCCACAGUUCAUCCAGUGUUAAGUCCCAAGAACCAAUUCUGUGUAAUGAGCUUGGACCCAGAUACUCUUCCCACUAUUGCCACUAUUCUCAUGGAUGUAAUGUUCUACUCUGCAAGUUUGAAAGCUCUGCCUGCUGAUCAGGAUCUUGACUACAUUCGUUUCUUUUCUUUUUCAUUGAUCGAUGGCUAUAUUUCAAUAGUAGUGGACACACAGACACAGAAGAGGUUUCCCAGCAACCUGCUGCUCACCAGUGCCUCGAGUGAGUUAUGGAGGAUGGUGCGGAUAGGUGGACAGCCCCUGGGAUUUGAUGAAUGUGGGAUUGUUGCACAGAUCUCCGAGCCUCUAGCAAAUGCUGACAUUUCUGCGUACUAUAUCAGCACCUUCAAUUUUGACCAUGCACUGGUGCCUGAAGAAGAUAUUGAUAAUGUUAUUACUAUGCUGCAUAGACGUCAGAAUGGUGAAAGAUAGCCGAGAUUGCUCGACGUUAUAUUUACAAUGUCUUCAUCAAGUUGAUGUGUCAAUUUCGGAGACCAGAAAUUAUUGUCUCUCAAAAACCUAUGCUAUCAGCAUAAGGCAGACAUUUAGACUGGGUUUUCUACAAUAUUUAAUAGUUGAACAAUUUACUUAGAAUAACGCUUGCUAAUUUUCUUCAGAAAGGUUUUAGUUGAAUUCUGUUUACUACUUCAAUGAUUGAACUCUUAUGCACAGCCAUGAAAAUUUGCAUUACCAUUUUGCACUAAGACCUUCAAUGUGUGGGUGGUCUUGUUCAAAGACCUGGAAAAUGUUCCUGUUUUGCUUCACAAGGGUAAAGUGGAUAUUGUGUGCAGAAUGGUUUAAAACAACAUAUAAUGCAAGUAAGUCUGGUCACAAACCUUGAAACAUUUGAGUUUUAUCAGACUCCAACCCAAGGUUGUCUUUAAGCCUGAAGAAAAUUGGAGGACGUUGGGAAUUGUUGAGGGGAAGACGCUAAAAGCUUUACUCAACUAUUGGAAUUAGUCCAUGGAUGAAUUUUUAAUCCGACGCAGGCUGCAAAGAAUUAUACUUUAAUUUUCCAUGAAAAUCUUAUCUAAUUCAUUACUAAGUAUUUUCAUAUACUUGCAGUUAUAAUCUUCCUUGAUCUGUAAUUAAGUGGUGCUGCUACUCUUGCAUUACAGCAAGCUUCCUUCAUCUCUGAAGGCCAAAAAGAUGUGAUCAAGGAAUGUGGAAUUAAAAAGCUGGCAUCUUGUGGUUUUUAUUAAUGAAAACGUUCAACAGGUGCUUUAGUUACACGGCAACCAGAAUAUGCUGAGGAGUGAUUUUAAAUUUAAAAGUUUAUUACUUUCAGUUCAGGAACUGAAGCUGUAACUGUGAAGCUAAUUACUGAGCAGAUAUCUGGUUGCUGACUGUAAACUUGUUUCUUUGGGAUUGUUUAAGUCUUAUUAAAAUUAGAACUAAUUUGUGAAA